GUUCAUUUACGAAUGGCAUGCACAGCCACCGGAACGAAUCAGGGGCGUUUGGGUUCGGACGGAUUGGCUGUUCGGACUGACAAAUGGUGAAGCGUUCCGUCUCUCCUGCCUUCCCUUCCAGCGCACUCAAACCCCCUCCUUCUUCCUCGCCAUCUGUUUUCACAAUCAGAACUCAAGCACACAGUCCGCGCUCAACUCCUGUGAACUCUCUGCAAAAGCACGGCGGUAUCGCCAUAUCCCACAGUCUCUUUGAAAGCCAACGCACGUUCCGCAUACUCCGCAAUCGCUUUAUCCGCACAGCAGUCAGUCGGACUUCCAAUUCCUUUUGAACGCUUUCGGUUUACAUCAACGGAAGCAGGCGUCUCUCCCCGUAACGCAAGUCAAGCUUCGGUGUUCUCUCACAAAGUCCUCGCACCCCUCACAAUGGUCGACGUACACACAAGAAACGGCUCGUCGCCGGUUGCUUCCCCAACUGGGUCGCCGACCGCGGAACAAAGCACAGUCGCAAAUGUUGCGCGCGUUCCAUCCAAAGGCGAGCUUGCGGCACCGUCUGGAGUCAUCUCAGCGCCGAAUCUGGAUAAUGAGCCUCUGUUGACCCCUAACGCGCGCCGAUUUGUGUUGUUCCCAAUUCAAUACCAUGAGGUGUGGCAAAUGUACAAGAAGGCCGAAGCUUCCUUCUGGACCGCCGAAGAAGUCGAUCUAUCCAAGGAUAUGCGCGACUGGGACCACAAAUUGACCGACAACGAGCGCUUUUUCAUCUCUCGAGUUCUGGCAUUCUUCGCCGCGUCCGACGGCAUCGUCAACGAGAACUUGGUCGAACGGUUCUCGAAUGAUGUGCAGAUUGCAGAGGCUCGAUGCUUCUAUGGGUUCCAAAUCAUGAUCGAGAACAUCCAUUCUGAGAUGUACUCCCUGUUAAUUGACACCUACAUCAGAGAUCCCAAGGAGAAGGAGUUCCUUUUUGACGCUCUGGAGACCGUUCCGUGCAUUCGCAAAAAAGCUGACUGGGCUCUUCGCUGGAUUUCCGACCCGUCUUCCUCCUUUGCCAUUCGCCUCGUUGCCUUUGCCGCCGUAGAAGGAAUCUUCUUCUCUGGUUCCUUCGCUGCUAUUUUCUGGUUGAAGAAGCGCGGUCUCAUGCCCGGCCUCACCUUUUCCAACGAGCUCAUCUCGCGCGAUGAGGGCCUCCACACGGAUUUUGCCUGUCUCCUAUACUCCCUCAUCCGCAACAAGCCGGAGCGCGAAACAGUGCGCGCACUUCUCCGUGAGGCCGUUUCGAUCGAACAAGAGUUCUUGUCAGACUCCCUACCCGUUGCUCUGAUCGGCAUGAACGCUACGCUGAUGAUGCGCUACAUCGAGUUUGUCGCGGACAGGCUCUUCGUGGCUUUGGGCUACGACAAGGAAUACGGUGUUGACAACCCCUUUGACUUUAUGGAGUUGAUCUCCUUGCAGGGCAAGACGAAUUUCUUUGAGAAGAAGGUUGGCGAGUACCAGAUGGCGGGAGUUAUGCAGAAGAACGAGGAGUCACGGGAAUUUACCCUCGACGCGGAUUUUUAGACUGUCUCUCCUUUACCCCUCGUAGAUGUGCUUGCUUUCGGGUCACCACUGCCUCUUGGCGAUAGAAAUGUUUUCUUGGAUAUACAUCUCCCUUCUGGUCUUGUAACUUCUUGUAUGAAUCGCGUACCUGUGCCGAAAUUUUAAUUAUUGCGUUGUACUGUACAGUCGUUUGUCGUCGACAAAUUCUUCGCUCAUCCAUUAGUGAAACAAAGCACCCGGAAGCU